CCGAAAACUGCAGACAUUACUAGUGCCUCCCCCGCGAUCAAACCAACAUAAAAAAUAAAAUAAAACGCAGCCUAACGUGAUCAGAAAUCUCUACUAGCAAGGAAGUCGCAGCAAUGUAGAAUUGAGCGUGUGCGCGUUCACGCGAUGGGGGGGAAUUCUGGCAGGGGGAGAGAUUUUCGGCACAACACCUGUACUCAGCUCCGGUGAGAUCCUUCCCAAAUCUUCGAGUUAGUUCUGGGUUAACCGAGAUUAAUGUAUCGCACCGGUAUUCCGAAGAUUCAAAAUGUACUCAACGCUGGAGCUCGAGAAGUCUUGUGUUUCCAACACUACAAUGCAGAACAAGUGCUGCUGGGCAGACAUGGAGGACUGGCUGAGAUUCUCAGUCUGUUACUGGCACGCCUUCUGUGGGACUGGUGCUGACCCUUUUGGGAUCCAGACACUACACAGACCCUGGAAUGAGGGUGCUACCCCCAUGGAAUGUGCCAAGAAGAGACUCCAUGCAGCCUUUGAGUUCUUCACCAAACUUGGUGUGAAGUACUACACCUUUCAUGACAGGGACAUGUCCCCUGAGGGAAGCACUCUGGAGGAGUCAAACAGCAACCUGGAUGAGAUGACAGACCUGGCCCUGCAGCUGCAGAAUAGGACUGGGGUGAAGGUGCUGUGGGUCACCUGCAAUCUGUUCGCUCACUCAAGGUACAUGAAUGGAGCAGCGACCAACCCUGAUUGCCAUGGUUUGGCCUAUGCUGGGGCCCAGGUGAAGAAUGGAUUGGAUGUAGCCAAGAAGCUGGGAGCAGAGAACUUUGUCUUCUGGGGCGGCAGGGAGGGUUUUCACUCAAUACACAACACUGAUGUUGGCGCUGAACUGAAACAUAUGGCAAACUUUUUCAAAAUGGCUGUCAUACGUAGGGAGUCCACGGACCUGGAGGACCUGUUCAUAGCCCACAUCGGAGCCAUGGACGCCUUCGCACGCGGCCUGAGGAACGCGGUCAGGAUCAUAGAGGAAGGAGUUAUCACCAGCAUGGGCAAGAGGCGCUACAUGAGCUUCAGCCAUGGGAUUGGUCAGAAAGUAGAGGAUGGCAGCGCCUCAUUAGAGGAGCUGGAGGACUUUGUCAAGCAAAAUGGGGAGCCCAAAGUCACAUCAGGCAAACAGGAGAAAUAUGAAACAGUCUUUAACCACUACCUGUGAAGACGUGGUGAAGACUUGUUUGACCAUGAAACCCCUUGUCCUGAGUGGUAUAGUGUCCAUCCAGACCUUUCAUAAUCGUAUUCUUACACAGUGUUAUAGUUUCACGUGACUAACUAUUAUUACAGUUAUAGUAUAAAUAAUUAAUCAGUGGUUGAGUCUUGUGAAUGUGACUAUUUUAAUGCACACUCCUGUAAUGUUGACAUAUGAUUAGAUUGUGAGGCCAUCAAUGGUAAAGACCAGAAAUAUGGAUUUAAUGGAGUAUAAAUUACAUGGCAUUUCAAAUACUCAAUUAAUGAAGGAAUUCAUUAAUUGAUCACUGAUUGAUUGGUAGAGUUUUUCAUAAUGGAGUUGAAUAAAAAGAAGCAAACCUUA